AAAUAACACUUUAUUUUCUGGCAGAGUGAGUGUGCAGGAUAUCCUCCUGUUUUUCUUAUUUUGAUGCACCCUUUCUAGAAAAAAAAAAAAAAUAAAUCUGUGAUGUCACACUGCAAGUCUUCCUGCCAAUCUCAUCAGAAGAACAGCAAUAACCUCUGUGAAGGAUGUGAGGGUCCAGAGGAUGAAGGCAAGAGGCUGAAGAGGAGGGAGAAGAACAGAGUUGCCGCCCAGAAGAGCCGGAAGAGACAAAUACAGAGAGCUGACAUUCUGCAUGAGGCCUGUGAGCUACUGGAGCAGAAGAACAGGAAGCUGAGGAGAGAGGUGGAUUCUCUGUCUGAAGAGCAGCGCCUGCUGACUGAGACUCUCAGGACCCAUGAGCCCUUCUGUCCCAUCAUGCACUGCUCCUUUGCCUCCUCCACCACAUCCAGCUUGCAGCCUGAGCCAAGGAAUAAUGUUUCAGUGAAACUUGUCUGAAGCCAGCUAUUGUGUAAUGCACCAGUACACCACCAGAGGGCGCUGUUGAACGUGAUCAGAGCUAAAGUGGGGACGCAACAGGUGUGCGGUGUUCACAGUGAGGAGCGCCCUCUGGUGGUUAAAUUUUUUUAAUGCAGCAGCUCAUGUCCAUAAUGUAAAUACAGUUACAGGUUUACAAAAGAGUAAAAUGAUUUACAGUGUAUUCAGUUAACCUCAGUUAAAGUAAUAAAAUCACACAUCAUCACAAAAAAGUAAUUAUUAACAUUGUUAAUCAGUUUAUAUAACUGAGACUGGCAAAGUUAACUUAUCCUUUUGUUGAAUGAUAAAAUAUAGCUUAUUAAGCACCAUUUAUUCAGGUUGAAAUAAUAAUUGAUAAGUGUACUGGAAAAUGAAUUGAACAUAAAUUGUUUGGUGAUGCCACAUGAGAUUUUCAGCCCUCCCAGAGGGAAAAUGUACAACUGAAACC